AUGCAACACACAGUCUUAGGGCAGAUUGGACACACAGCGCACGGGGCCCCACUAUCCGCUGUAGGGGCUCCCGUUCCUGCUGUAGGGGCCUCUCUGCCGACAACGGGGUCCCCUAUGCCUGGUGUAGUGGCCCCUCUAUCUUCUGCAGAGGUCACGCUGUCCGCUGUAGGGCCCUGUGUAUCGACUGGUGGGCUCCCUGGUUCCGGUGCAGGCCCUCUGCCUCCUGCAGGUCCCUCCUUAUCUGCUGCUCCGGGGGCCUCCACUUCAGCGCCUUCUGUGAAUGUGAUGCCUUUGGCCUCUCCGCCCAGUGGUUGCCCCGCAGGGCAGCCACCUGCAGCCCCGGGAAUGGGCACUCCGAACGUGGGUGGAGUGGGGGCCUCCCAGUCGCCUGUACUGCCUGGAGGUUCUCUGAUGCCUAUGCCAGCGAGUGCCACUCUCGUCAGUUCAAUACCUCCUCUGUCACUUUCUCUUUCACCCCUUGGUUCGGUAGAGGGAAGCUCCCUUCUAGCCGCAAGAGGGGCGCCGCAGGGCCCUGCUUCAACUGGUCCUAGUUCGUCAGCUCUACAUCUGCAGCCCUCAGGCUCCUAUCAGUUAGGUCCCCUAACUGCAAGCUCAGGAGCCGGCCACACAGCACCUAGGGCACCUCAGGUGCUUCCUCUGGGGUCUGCUCAGCCACCAAUGGGCGGCGCAGCUGCAGCAGCUGCAGCAGCUGCAGCAGCGGCCGCUACGGCAGCCGCAGCAGCAGGGGCCGCGUCCGUUGCUCCGCCCGUGGCUGGCCCUCCCUGUUUGCACUCGUUGACCCCUGUACAGCUUAUCAGUGCGCCUGCUGCACUGCCAGCGGGCACAGUGAAGGUGCUCCCGUCAGGGGGAGCCCCUGCUGCUGCUGCUGCUGCCUUAGUGCCAGGCGUGGCCCACCCACCGUACAGCCAUAACCAAUUAACAGCUGCAGGUCCACUGCAGGGAAACUUACAGGGGCCGCUUCCGAGCCUUUCUACCGACAGCGGAGCUGUCCAUAGGACCCCACCCCUUGGGCCUUCACUUGCAUCCUCACUGGGGCAGGUGCUGUUUGCGGGGGAGCCGGCAGCGGCGCCAAGCCAGAACCAAGAGAAGCAACAGCAGCAGGCCUCUGCCACCGACGCUUCUUCUGCUUCUCGGUUGCCAAACAUGCAGAAAAACGUCAUCACGUCUCUGAAUGAUGGUCUUGUUGCUGCUUUGGGGUCGCCAGGAACCCCAAAGGCUCCUCUUGUCACUAGCAACAACAACGCCGGCAGCCUGGGCGAGCAGCAGCAACAGGGGCAGCAGCAAACUAUGCAGCAACUCACACAGCAGCAGCAGGUACUAUCUUUAGGAGCGAGCACCAUCGAUAACCUGCUGCCGGAAGCUCCAAAGGGACCCGUCGGUUUGGGGCCCCUCCCUCAGGUAUACGUACCCCCGAACCCCUUUGCUCGCUUGCCAGGCAGCACCAGAGACGGCAGCAGUGGCAACAGCUUCGACGCUCCUGCUGCAAGUCUUCCUGCUGCGACUGUUGCUGCGUUGCCGCCUUUGACACCUACGCCAUCACUGCAACAGCAGCAGCAAGCGCAAUCAGAUCUGCUGACGCAGCAGAUGCAGCAGAUGCAACAGCAUCAGCAGCAGCUUGAGCAACAGCAACUGCAGCACCAGCAGCAGCAGCUCCAGCAGCAGCUGCAACAACAACUACAGCUACAGGCGCAUCAGGACGCCGCUCCCAAGAGCGCAACUCCGGGCAACACGCUAUCACAGCAGCUCCUGCGGGAGCAGCAGCAGCUCUUGCAGCAAAAGCUGGAGCAACAGCAGCAACAAAUACAGCAGCUGAAGGAGCGCAUUGAAGCGGAGGAGAUUUCGAGAAGAUCGAGUGUCUGUUCUGCCAGCUCCAGCUCCACAGAUAGUCAGAAGCAGCAGCAGCAGCCUGCACAUGCUCUGAAGCAACUGCAGCUGGAGCCGCAACAUCCGCAGUCGUCCGAUCAGGUGAUGUCAGCGCAUUUGGUGGCUCGAAGGGAGGAAGAGGAGCACGAGCUCCUUAGGCAGGAAAGACCUGAGCAACAGCAGGAUGAGCGAGAGCCUGAGCCGCAAAUGCAGCAACAGCUGCAGCAAGAGGAACCGCUGCAGCAGGAAGAGAGCCAGUUGCUGCAGACAGAAGAAGCGCCGCAGCCAAAUGCCCAAGAGGUGCCAUACGACCAGCAGCAACAGCCGCAACGACAGCAGCAAAAGCAGCAGCAAGGACAACACCAACAGCAGAAAGUGCAGCAUCAGCAGCAUGCGGAAAAUAUUCUGCAGCAGAACCCAUCAACACAGAAGCAACAGCAGCGUCGUCGGGCCUUCGAAGAUCUGUGGGCGAAUCCAGAGCAGGAGAAGCCAGGGCCGCAACUCAUGCAGCAGUUGCAGCAGCAGUCGCAGCAGCGACCUGUGCAGCUGGCGGUGCACAAACAGCCGACGCAGCAGGAUGCCCACGUACUCCAACGGCAGCCAUUUUUUCCUCCUGAAGUCACGCAGCAACAACAGCCGCCUCAACAGGUGCCUUCAGGGCCUAAUCCUUCUUUGCGGACAAGGCGGAACUCCGAACAGCAGCUGCCAAAUGGCCAAAUGCAUCAGCAAGAAGUGCGGCAGCAGUCGGAGCAGGCGUCGCAGCAAGAAGACCCCGGCAAGGUCUCAAGUGGAGACCAAGAGAUGAGCCUUCAGGAGCGAUUGAAAAGGCAGCCGGAGCAGCAUCAGCUGCAAGAGUGGCAGCAACUGCAGAAAAAACAGCAGGAACAGCAAGAGUUGCCUGAGCUGCAGUCUGAGCAGCACCAACAGCCUGAGCAGCACCAGCAGCGGCAACUGGAGCAGCAACGGCCUGUGUCAAUAUCGUCGUGUGUUUCUGAAGUAGCGCUUGACGAGCCGACUUCUCUUGUGUCUCCUUGGCAAGCGGACCCUGCCUGGCUCUUUGAGGACUCCGACGCGGCGCCGUUUGGGCAGCCAGUCACCUCCACGGUAGCAGCAGCCGCAGCCGCUGCUGCUGUUGCUGCUACCGCCGCGACCGAGACGCUAAACAAGGCUUGUGCUAAAUUAGAAGCAAGGCAGAGCGGUUUGGCAGCGGAUGAGCAACAGCAACAACAGCAGUGCCAACAAGGACAGCCGCGACAGCCUGGAGGAGCCGCUGCAAAUAGAAGCCCUCCAGUGACAGCUGCAGAAGCGGGAGCAACGGCAGCAGUGAUUGCAGUGGCAGCGACAGCAGCAACCGCAGCAGCUACUGAAGCACUCUCAUCGGCGGAUAGCCACAAAGCAGCGGCCCUCAUUGCUAAGGGGCCUGCCGCCGCCACAGCAGCAGCAGCACCAGCAUAUCCUUUCUUGAAUCACCAAAAGUAUACCGGUCACACCGCCGCAGUGCCUGCACCGCAACUUGUCACUGAUGCGGCAGCACCCGCGAACUUUGAUGCAGUGUCGACUUCGCAAACAAACCCUGAAGCAGCAGCAGCAGCAAUAGCAACACCGGUAGCACCAACAGCACUCGAUCGGGUAGCACCGGCAGCACCGGCGACAGCAGGAGGAGCAGCACUUGGCGGAGAAGCAGCAGUCACCAAUCUAGAGUCAGCAACAACAAUAACAGAAACAAAAGCAACUGCACGGCACGUGGUAUACAUUGGACACGAUAUGAAGGCUACAACAGAAGAGUUUCAUCGCAUGGGGCCCGGAGGGGCACCUUUUGCUGUAAGCAGCGGCGGCCUUUUCUGCUUAGCACAAGGCACUAAGCUUUCUUUUUGCAGCACCAUGGGGUUGCUGAUUGCAGCAGAGAAGGACGCCCCCACCAGUGCUACUGCCAGUAGCUCUGCAACGCCUGCUGCGCGGCUGUGUCAGCUACUCCUGGAGUACCCGGGACCUUUGGGAGCCUCUGAUCCCCGCACCACUUCUGCGCUUAUUUCAUUUUUUAAGAAGGCAGUUGCUUUUAGGAUGCCGCAACAGCAGCGCAUGUGUACUGUCCAGGCUACGGGCCUGUGGCAGCUGCUGUUGCUGUUACUGAAGCACAAUGGCGACAUCACUGCGGCAUCUCAGAGACUCCUCCACAGGAGUGAAGUUCAAUUUGCAGUCGAAGCAUUAGAAACCGAGACGCAGAACAAGCACCAGCAGCAAGAGCAGGGGCUGCCUAACAGCAACAGCAGUACCUGCGGUUGUGGUGGGCUGGGAGCUGUGGGCAGGCAGCUCUGCUGCGGCGAUGCAGCAGGGGCUGCGAAAACUGCAAGUGCGUUGGGGCUGCAUGCGCAUGCUUUGGCUGUUGCCAACGCUGCGGGAGCUGAAUCAGUCGAUGUGGCCCUCGCAGGCUUGGCUGAGACACUACAAGCUCCGUCAACCUCUGGUGCUGCACCAGCGACUGCCGCAGCCGCAGCUGCUGCUGUAGCAGCAGCGGCGGCUGCAUGCAGAGGUGGUGCAUGCGGUGUCUGGGUAGCAGCCCUUGAGCGUCUGUAUAGGGCUUUGGGCAGAGCCCCUCUCCCCGAGCCCACUGCGGAGGCUUUGCGAGGGUGGCUAUUUGUUGCGGCAAACUGCUGCAGCGUUCUGGGGCUACAGCACCCUGCAACACGGCAGCAGUUGCUGCAGUUGGGGCUGGCCCUGCAGACGCUCGCGCAGCAGGACCCCCAGGCAGCAGCUGCAGCAGCACCCUGUGGCGCUGCGCAUGCAGCACAGAUUCUGCUAUUGCUCGCGGGGGAGAAGCCAAGCGAAGAAGGAAUAGGACACAUUACUCUGCUAGGGGGAUGCUCUGGCUCUCCUUUUCUGCAGGAGGCAGAGCAGCUCAUACUGACGGAGACCCUUGAGUACAUAUUGAGACUGUCUAAUCCUCAGUGGGUCUACGUGCAUCUCAUUCCUCAUAAAGUUCGUUUUGCGGCUCUUCUUGCCGAGUUUGGCCUUCUAAAGCAAGCGGAGAGGUACUGUGAGUAUGCUGCUGCUUCCCUGAGGGCACAGCCUCAAGUCAAGGUGGAUCAACAGCUGCGUGAAAUGUUGCGACAGCAAACGCAGCAGCUGCAGCAGCAAGAACGAAACUCUUUGCUGCAGCAGCAGAGCAGCUUUUUGACCCAUAUCCGUCGAGAGCGCAUGCAGCAGCAGCAACAACAGCAGCAGCUGCCGAUCCAGGAUUCAAUACCUGGCGGCUCGAACGGCGUGGGACAACUUUUCGGGCAGCAGCAAGUUAGCAGCAACAGCAGCAGCCGCAGUAGCAGCAAGAAGAACAAAGGCAACAAGAACAGCGGCAGCGGCAGCUGGUUCGGGGGCGUAUUUGUGGGCCUCAAAAAGGCUGUGCUGCCGGUGCUUGCUGGAGAGGAGCGUCAAAUAGGGGUUGAGAAUACAUUUUAUUACAACAAGGAAAAACAAAGAUGGGAAGAAAGAGGCAAAGAGACACUGGAUGAGCUGCAGGGAGAGCAGCUACAGCAGGAGCAAGCCUCUCCACCUCCACCAGCAGCACCCCCUGCUGCUCUCUCUGUUCAGACUAACUUCAAAGAGGGGAUAAGUGUGAAGGCUAACGACGCAAUCCGGCAAGCCUCAACCUUUCAUGGCUUGUCUGAGAUAGCAGCACAGCUGUCUCCUUUGUCUUGCUUUUCCUCAAGUGACUUGUCGUCCAUUCAGCCAAGGGGCAUUUGUCUCAUCGAGACCCCCCAGUUUAAUGUGCAGUGUCUGGAGACACUAACGGGCCUGAGAUUUGUGCUGGUGGCAGACCCCGCGCUAUCUCGACAGUCGGUUGAGCAGUGCCUGCGUCGGGUAUACGUGGCCUACGCGGACUACGGCCUGAAGAAUCCCUUUUACGACAUUGACAUGCCUCUGAGGUGCCCCCUUUUCGAGCAGGAAAUAAAUAAAAUAUUUGCUGAGCACAUUCGAUCCUAA